CUCCCAGCCAAUGGGCUGAGCAGGGCGGAUGACAUCAUGGGCUAGGAAACAGUAAGCAGCCAGUGAAGAAUCCAGCCUGCCAAACAAGACUGAGUUUGGGGUCAGGAACCGGUCUGACAAGAGAAUGGCAGUCCUGCACGUAAACUGUCAAUAGGACUGUAUAUUUGAGGAUGAACCUACCAGAACACUGGUUCCAAAGUCGACACACCGAACAAGAGAAUGUCAAGACAUAUUUCAGGAGAUUGUGAGUGUCACUAAAGAUGUCCGAUAGAGUCGAUAUUGAAGAGAAACCGCCAGCCCCUCCCUUGAGAAUGAACAGUAGUUCCCGAGACUCUACAUCAGUGAAUCACGGCUCCAAACCUCUCCCAAUGGCUCCUGAAGAGAAGAACAAGAAGGUCCGCCUGCGCUCCAUCUUCCCUGGAGGAGACAAGACGAACAAGAAGAAGGAGAAGGAGCGCCCUGAGAUCUCCCUGCCCUCAGACUUUGAGCACACCAUCCAUGUUGGCUUUGAUGCUGUUACAGGGGAGUUCACUGGCAUCCCAGAGCAGUGGGCGCGGCUCCUUCAGACCUCCAACAUCACCAAGCUGGAGCAGAAGAAGAACCCUCAGGCCGUGCUGGACGUGCUCAAGUUCUACGACUCCAAAGAGACUGUCAACAACCAGAAAUACAUGAGCUUCACCCCCGGAGACAAGUCAGCACAGGGAUACAUAGCAGCCAACACUCUGAACCGACUGCUGUCGUCUGGGCCUCCUGUCAGCCUUAGAACAUGCAGUGCAUUAUUUGACAAGGGUGCAAAGACAUCCACAGACCCCCCUAUAGCACCCCCUGUGUCAGAGGAGGAGGAGGAGGAAGAGGAGGAGGAGGAGGAGGAUGAUGACGAUGAGCCACCACCCGUCAUCGCACCUCGACCUGAGCACACUAAAUCUAUCUACACCCGCUCUGUCAUCGAGCCCUUGGCGCCUCCCACCCCUGUGAAGGAGGUCACAACCCCGCCAGAGUCCCAGAUCCAGCCGGAGAACACGUCCAGCACUCUGUACCGCCACACCGAUCGGCAGAGGAAGAAGUCCAAGAUGACAGACGAGGAGAUUCUGGAGCGACUUAGAAGCAUUGUGAGUGUGGGGGACCCCAAAAAGAAGUACACACGCUUUGAGAAAAUAGGACAAGGGGCAUCUGGCACUGUGUACACAGCCAUUGACAUUGCCACUGGCCAGGAGGUGGCCAUUAAGCAGAUGAACCUCCAACAGCAGCCUAAGAAGGAGCUGAUCAUCAACGAGAUCCUGGUGAUGAGGGAAAACAAAAACCCCAACAUAGUCAACUACCUGGACAGUUACCUGGUAGGGGAUGAGCUAUGGGUGGUGAUGGAAUACCUGGCUGGAGGUUCACUGACUGACGUGGUGACUGAGACCUGCAUGGACGAGGGCCAGAUCGCUGCAGUCUGCAGAGAAUGUCUGCAGGCUCUGGACUUCCUGCACUCCAACCAGGUGAUCCACAGAGACAUCAAGAGUGACAACAUCCUGCUGGGCAUGGACGGCUCAGUCAAGCUCACCGACUUUGGGUUCUGUGCCCAGAUCACCCCAGAGCAGAACAAGCGAAGCACCAUGGUGGGCACGCCCUAUUGGAUGGCACCCGAGGUCGUGACCCGUAAGGCCUACGGGCCCAAGGUGGACAUCUGGUCCCUGGGUAUCAUGGCUAUAGAGAUGGUGGAGGGAGAACCUCCCUACCUUAAUGAGAACCCUCUCAGGGCUCUGUACCUAAUCGCCACCAACGGGACUCCAGAGCUGCAGAACCCUGAACGUCUGACCUCCGUGUUCAGAGACUUCCUCAACCGCUGCCUGGAGAUGGACGUGGACCGCAGAGACUCAGCCAAGGAGCUCCUCCAGCAUUCAUUCCUGAAGUUAGCCAAGCCCCUGUCUAGCCUGAGCCCUCUGAUUGUAGCAGCCAAGGAGGCCAUAAAAAGCAGCAGCCGCUAGAGGACGCCAUGUGUCCACACACAGAGCUGGACCCUGCUCCAUGGUGUUGUGUGACAGAGAGACAGCACAAGGACAGACCAGUAACCAACCCCCCUGCUGCCUCAUUCAGGGGAUGGACAGCUGGCCUGCAGGGCCUCUCAGCAGUGGGACACUGCUGCUGAACCGCCUGCCGCCUCCUCCUCUAGUCCUCCAGCAUUCUGUACAUGUGGAGCAGUCUGUCAGACGUCUGUUAGCGUGUGUGUAAACGUGUGUGUAAGAGUGUGUGCGUAAGCGUGUGUGCAUAAGCGUGUGUUUGGCCUGUGAGGGGAGUAGAGGCUCCUAAACUAAAUACUAAAAAUAGAAAAUAUGAAGAAAAAACCCCAAAAAGCUCCUUUUCAAAAGGGAGAGACCCAGGAAGAGAGGCAGAACGUAACAGCACUGAUAAUGUGAUUCCUUCCUUGUCUGUCCAGCAAUCGCCUUGGUUCCCUUUCCCUUUCCAUCAGGCAUCUCCUGCAGUGAACAUUUUAUAUGGGACAGACUUGGGGACUCUGGACCCAGCAUAUGCCUGCAUGACUUUGUGCAUAUGUGAGAGAGAGAGAAAAGAAGGGAGGAAUAGAAGAGGCAAACAUUCAAUCAAAGCCAGUUGGCUGUUGUACUCCAGGACAUGGCUGUUGUACUCCAGGACAUAGCUGUAAUUUCUUGGACACCCUAAAGUUGCUAGAUGUUUAGAGAUCUGAUAUAGAGAAUGGCUUUUACCAGGGCUGCAGUGGAGGCUGAUUCAAUAACUACUGCGUAUCUGAUGGGCCACAAUGUGUUCAGAGUUCAAGUCACAGCUUUUUAAAUAUAAAUCCCAUGUUAUUGGUUAAUUACCUUUAGUUAGUUGGGAUAGUCUACAGACAAACAUUUGCUUGUUUUCUUUUGUUUUUUUUGGGGGGGGGGCAGUGUUUGUCAAUGUUACCAUUUGUUUCACAUCAAUGAGCCUUACUUUUGCAUGCUUAACCUCUGAUCUGCGAAUUUACUUAGAUGUGUCAGAAGUAGAAGCCAUGCUUAGUGUGAAAAGCCAUUUGUUCAAGUGAGCACAAUCCCUGAGUUAGCGCAUAUGUUCAUCUGUCUAUCUGUCUGUCCGUCCAUGAUGUGUUUAUCUAGUUUUUUUUAAUGGGAUGCUAUUAUUUAGCCUACCCCCUCUCAGUGGAAGUUAAGAGUUAUUGCUCCAGUGUCUUGUUGCUGAACUUUCUGAUGUACUGUGUGAGUUUGGUUGUGUCUGUUUCUAUAUGAGUGUUUCUGUGAGUUUUGGCUGUUUGGCAGGUUGGUGGAUGGGUGGGUGUUAAUCAUUUGCCCAUGAAAAGGUUUUUGGAUUGAAGACUGAGUGCCAAUUUAAUUGUCUUGCGGACCAUUGGAAACUAGAGGGUCACAUUCCCCUUCACUUUGCCAUUCCUAUCAUCCCAUAGCAGAGGCUACUAGAAAACAAGUCUGAAAAGCUCUGCAGAUAAGUAUAGAAUGCUUCUUGAUUCUUCAUUCAAUAUCUUAGUAAUAACCAUCAACAUGGCAUCCUCCGUCUGGUCUAUAGUAGCCACAGCAUCCCUUAGGAUUGUACUGAAGUCCAGACCUGGGACAGAGAGAGUAGGUGACAGGAAAGACACUUGAGGGUCUAACCUGUAGUGUACACUACAGAGUGAUAUCAUUCCCUGAUCUCAGGGCUCUCACAGGGAGUCACUGACCACUGAUUUCAUGGGCUAUAUUCCAUGAGCUCACACUGUAUCCCUGGUAGAUGGUGUUGGGAGUGUGUAUGAAUGGGAGUGUGUGUGUAUGCAUGAGUGUCUUUGUAAGGGAGAGAGUGACCUCAGUCUGCACUAGAUACCACACUUGUUCUCCACCUUAACUCUGUAGACUGUGUAGUGCAGGGUAGCUGCUCGCUCAUCCCUCCACCACGCAGGAGAGCCUCACACUGUCCAUUGCAAGGAGUACAUCACCGAUUUCAUGCAUGGGAAAACAAUACGUUAGUACAUUUUCCAAUUAGGCUAACAUUGUUAGGAUAUGUUUGUGUAUGUAAAUAGGAUGGGAUUAUUUAAAAAAAAUCUGAGUUACGCAACUUCAAAAUGAAAGGAUAAUAUCCAGGUUGCUCUAUGGUAUUUAUUUAUAAAUGUUUUGCACCCUGGAAAUUGAAUGAGAAAAUAAAACACACUCCUGGAUGGAUCGAUCAUGCUUGGGCUGUGUCAGACAGUACUCCACCUGGACACAGAGCUGUCUCCAGCAGUCCCAUGUCUGUCUGUACGGAGCACUACUUCUGAGUGUGCCUGUGGCUGAGAGUCUUAGGGACCUCACAGAGACUAUCUGCCCUCUGACCUUUAGCCGCACCUCUAUGUACAGGCCUGAACUCUGAGCACAAAGAUAAACUCUAGGACAGCUAGCGACCUUGCCCCGCCCCUCCCCACCGGCCCACUCCUCUUCCGCGGUCGAUCCUGUACAUUCCUAUCUUCUGAAUGUGUAAACCUGUACACGUGGUGUGAAAAUUCCUCCAUGAAUGAUUAUCAUGAGAACAGAACAAAGGCAAAAAAGUGUUUAUUUAAAAUGAUGAUGAUUUGUUAUCCGGGUUUGUAAACUGCUGACCCAUCUGGUGAACCUCAGCAAGCCCCAUCUUUGGAAAAGGACAGAUGAGAAAAAGCAACUGGGGACAACUAAGGUUUUGGAUAAGCUAUUUUUAAUUGUGGAUAAAGCAACAUACUUUUUGGAAUUCUGAAUUGUGCAUGGCUGUGUCUUGAGUGUAAAACAACAAAAUACUGCAGUUUGGGAACUGAACUGAAAUAAAAAAUAUAUACUUUUUGGUUUGAAUGGAUUUAGUUUUCUUUGCUGUUAGUAGAGAGGGACUAAAUGUGGCAAGACAUUUCGGGCAAAGGAGGAUGCUAGUUUAGAGGCAGUACAUACCCUUUAGACAUUUCAAUAAGUUCAGUGG